AUGGCACCAAUAUCAAUCUUUGAUACGUUACCUACUCAUGUCCGAGAAUCGGCAAUAACUUUACAUGCUCUUUUAAAAGAAUGUCCAUAUCUCAUGAUAACCAUCGAUCCUAACUUCAUUACUGCCGUGCCUAUUUGUGUGAUCUGUGAGCAAUGUAUAUUUGAUGAUAAUGAAUAUGUGGAAUACCAGGAAUACCCAAUGCAUCUUCGAUGUAAUCAUAUGGAUCUUGACCCCCUGGAAAUGACGGAAAUGACGGAGAUUGAAAAUUUCUCUCCAGAAAUUACAAAUCACCCCCUGGAAAUUACAAAUCAAUCAAUUGGAAUCAAGGAAGGUCAAACUUGGUCUUCACCAG